AUGCCCGGGUUGGCUGCUUCGAGGGCCCUGCUUCUUUUAGCUUCUUGCUGCUGCAGCGCCGCCAGAGGCCCAGAGCGAACGGCCCUGGAGCAGACAUGCAGCGUCGGGUGUCAGGAGAGGCCUGUUUGGGAUCAGUCAGACGGAGUGCAUGCAGCCAACGUCCGGUGCUGCCGGAGCAAUACGCGAAAGAGGGCAAAAGCUGGGCGCUCCGCCGAACCCACGGUUCGAGCCGGCAGCCCUACGAAAACGAAGACACCCAGGGCAGUACGGAGGGUCCCCAAGGAUUCCUUCAGCGGCGUUGGACGCCUGUGA